AUGUCUGACGGUCAUGGGGAGCCGAAUACUCAUAGGAAAGAGAGUGUCGGGGCCGCUAAUAUAGCUAGUGAUAGUCCCGUGACCGACCCUGGCCAAGUACGUGGAGUUAGUACCGAUACUUCAGCAUGCAAGUUUGAUGGUCAACGCGGGAAAUCCGGUGCUUUGAAAAAAUCCGCGAGGUACAGAAGCCGAUCAUUAUCAGCCUCCUCAGCAGAUUCCUACAGUUCCACGUCUUAUACUGGUGAGUGUUCCCUUAAAACUGAUUAUUAA